AUGGCCAAAGAAUUCGGAAGAGAGGUCGUCUCGAGUGACCGCUCAAAGAAGCCCAGGAGCGUGGAUGAUACAAUCCAGUUAGAGAAGACUGGCUCCCAUAAUGUUGGACAGGUUGAAGACUUCGACAUCUCCCGUCUUGGUCUCGAGCCGCAGACAACACGGGACAUGGGGAUUCUGGCCGUGAUUGCCAUGGGCUGGAACAUAUGCAACAGCUGGGCGGCCGCCGCAGCAACGCUGGCCAUAUCCAUCGCGUCCGGAGGCCCCGUCACAUUGCUGUAUGGCAUUGUUCUCAUAUUCGUUCUGGGGGAAGCAUGCGCGCUCUCCAUGGCCGAGAUCGCAUCUGUCUAUCCCACGUCCGGUGGCCAGUACCACUACACGAGCAUCUUGGCCCCCAAGAGACUGAGCCGUGCUCUGAGUUACUGCUGCGGCUCACUCAACGUCUUUGGCUGGAUCACACUGGCAGCAGGCUGUGCCAUCACCAUCCCGCAGAUGAUAACAGCGCUGGUUACCUACCUGGAUCCGACCUACGUGUCACAGCGGUGGCACAUGUUUCUCAUGUAUCAAGCCGUCAAUGUUGCCUUUACCGGAUACAACAUUCUGCUCAUCAAGCGCACCGCGUGGAUCUAUGAUGUUGGCUUUGUCGUUUCCAUUGCUGGCAUCCUAGUCAUCACCGUGACUUGCUUGGCUAGGGCCCAGCCAAAGCAGCCCAAUGAGUUCGUCUGGAGCACCUUCAUCAACACGACGGGCUGGCCUUCGGACGGGAUUGCAUUCCUCACCGGCCUUGUCAAUGCCAACUUCAUCUACUCUGGCCUCGAUGGAGCCAUCCACAUUGCUGAAGAGUGCACCAACGCGGCGAUGGCUGUUCCGUGGGCCCUUAUCUCUACCGUGACCAUCGGUUUUGUGACGGCCUUUGCCUUCGCUGUGGCCAUGACCUACUCCUACAACGACUUUGACGCAGUCCUGGCUUCUCCCCUCCCUGUAUUUGAAGUAUGGCUCCAAGCUGUCUCCAGCCCUGCCGCCGCCAUUAUCUUCCUCUUCAUCCUUCUGGUGUGCGCCUGCUUCGCCGUAAUCGGAAUCCUCCAGACGGCCAGCCGCCUACUGUGGUGCUUCGCUCGCGACGAUGCCCUCGUGGGUUCUCACCGGCUAAGCCGCAUCCAUUCGAAACUCGGAGUUCCCGUUUGGGCUCUGCUGGUCAACUGCGCAUUGGUCUUCAUUCUUGGUUGCGUCUACCUGGGGUCCACGUCCGCAUUCAACGCAUUGCUCGGCACGGGCCUGAUCCUUCAACAACUAAGUUUUGGAAUUCCCGCCGCGCUCAUUCUAGGAUAUCGCUUCGGGGGUCAGAGAGCCGUCGACAAGAUCCUCUCACCGCACGGCCAGAAAGGAAGAUUCAGACUCCCCAGCGCUGUAGGCUUUGUCGCCAACGCACUAACCAUCGUCCACGGACUAGUGGCGCUCGUGUUCUACACCUUGCCGGUUCAGCUUCCUGUUACGGCAAGCAAUAUGAAUUAUGCCUGUGCCGUCCUGGGCAUCGCGGCUCUGUUCACGUUUGGAAACUGGAUCUGGUACGCGAGUAAACGGUACCAUGGGCCACGGUUGGACGACAGGGACUCGGUGCUCUUGUAG